AUGGCUCUUUCAAAACAAAUCUUAGUCAUAAUCUUUAUUUCUGGUCUUGUCAUUUUUGCAACAUGCAAGAAUGCCCAUUCCGCGGCGUCCCUUGCAUCGGACGCGGGCCCAAUCCCACCCAAGGAUAAAAAGGUCAAGCCAACGGAUAAACCGUCUAACCCUUCUGAACUCCCGUUGCCUGACAUCACAGGAAUGUCGCCUGAAUCACCAGAUGAGAAAGAAGGCGACUCAAAGGAUAAGAAAGAAGGUGAUUCAAAGGAUAAGAAAAAAGAAGGCGAUUCAAUAGAUGAGAAAGAAGGCGAUUCAAUAGAUGAGAAAGAAGACGAUUCAAAGGGCAAGAAAGAAGACGAUCCGAAGGACAAGAAAGAAGACGAUUCAAAGGGCAAGAAAGAAGACGAUCCGAAGGAGAAGAAAGAAGACGAUUCGAAGGAGAAGAAAAAAGACGAUUCGAAGGGCGAUUCAAAGGAUGAGAAAGAAGGCGAUUCAAAUGAUAAGAAAGAAGAUGAUUCAAAGGAUAAGCAAGAAGGUGAUUCAAAGCAUAAGAAAAAAGACGAUUCGAAGGACAAGAAAGAAGACGAUUCGAAGGAUGAGAAAGAAGACGAUUCAAAGGAUGAGAAAGAAGACAAUUCAAAGGAUAAGAAAGAAGAGGGUUCAAAGGACAAGAAAAAAGGCGAUUCAAAGGACAAGAAAAAGAAAAAAAAGGAUAAGAAAGAAGGCGAUUCAAAGGAGGGGAAAGAAGGCGAUUCAACGGAUGAGAAAGAAGGUGAUUCAACAGAUGAGAAAGAACGUGAUUCAACAGAUGAGAAAGAAGGCGGUCCAAUUUCGAAAGACAAGAAAAAAGAUGAUUCAGUGGAUGGGAAAGACGGCGAUGUGGCUAUCGUGGUGGCAAACCAAAUGCGGAAAAUUGAGAAAAAGAUCCAGGAAUUCAAUGCAUUACUCAAGAAACAGAUGGACCACUCUGGGAAACCAUCUGGGUCCCACGAGUGUGUUUUAGAGUGUGACGAGGUAUUAGGUGCGGCUCUUGAUGAUAUCAAGAAGACUCUAGAUAGCCUUGAUAACCAAAACCUAGUGAAAGCUAAUUUUGAUGUUAGUGCAGUUUCAACCAAUGUAGACACUUGCAAUGACUGCUUUGACGAGAUGGUUGGCGGUGACCCAGAGGCCAAGAAACUAAGUGACUGGGUACAGAAGACCACUGGGGAGGCCCUUAAGGCUCUCCAAAACGCCGAAUCCUAA